AAUGCGGGCGCCGCGGGCCGCGGUCCCCGCCGAAAGCGGCCGUGGAGGCCCGUCUUGCUGCGCGGCGUCUUGGGCAGCGUCCAGGAGGGACGAGGAUUUGCAUUUCGGAGAAAACAAAAGAUUGAAAGACAAUACAGGAGAUUAUUGAAAAAGGGAAGAAAGGUCCAUUCACAAAACGAUAAUCAAUUUACUGAUACUUAUCCAGAGCACUUGAAACAUCUUUAUCUAGCUGAAGAAGAAAUGCUUAAGAAACGGCGCAGGGCUCCAGAUGUUUCUGUUUUAUCAGAAGAAAAACUUAACAAAGCAGUAGAGUCUGUUACACCUGAAGGGAAGUUUAAGAAAAAAACGUCCAAUCAGAAGGCAAAAGAAGAGUAUGAGAAAAUAAAGGCUGAGCGUGCUAGAAAAAAAGAGGAAGCAGAGAAAAGAAAACAACAAAGAGAAGCAGCUCAACGGUUGUACAAGCAAAAGAAAAUGGAAGCUUAUAAGAUACUGAGUAAGAAGACAAAAAGAGGACAGCCAAAUCUAAACUUACAAAUGGAUUUUCUUCUUCAGAAAAUACAGCAAAAUACAUAAACCUCUGUAUACAUGUUAAUUGCAGGUUUUGAGAUACCUGUGACAUUUUAUUAAAUUACUUUUAAUAAAUAGUGUCUUUUUGCUUCU